AUGUCUUCUAUCCAUCUUCAGCUUCAGCCCUUUGCUCUCGAUUCUUGUAGUCCUAACUCCCUCCGAGAACGCCGUCGCAGCUCUAUCCGUCCUCGAGCCCUCUUUCCUAAAUUGUUCCAAGGCACUAACGCGAACAUCCAUGGGGGUGACGAGGAUAGUGCCGUCGACGACGAGGUCCAUGAGCCGAUCGCACAGGCUACCCGAGAAGGACAUCUUCCAAUACAAUAUCCUUCUCCCCUUGUAAAUGCACAUCUCUCUGGUUAUUCAACCAACGCCGAACCUACGCGCCAUCAAGACACUUUACCUCGCUUGCACUACACAUCGGAGCCACAGACGCCCUCGCAAACAAGCCCAACUGCUAGCAGUAAAAAUUCCAUCGUGGAUAUACCCCCUGUUGUUCCUGUAUCUCCUCCAGAACGUUUAGCGAUCCGACUCGCGGCUGGGUACUUUAUGUAUUUUAUGUGUGGUUGGGGUGAUGGUGUUACUGGCGCUGUUAUACCUUAUUUUGAACGCGACUUCCAUCUAACACCCUUAACGUCAUCUUUGUUGUUUGCAAGCAGCACCGUCGGGUUCGCUGCUGCGACCGUCCUCGUAGAAUGGAUCUCAAAAGUGUUGAGCAAUGCCCGCACAUCAUCCCGAAGCCGAUCAUUCUUCCCUGCUAACCCAUGGUUCUCUCGAACCAAUCUAAAAGGUGACAUCGGCACGUCACCAACACAAGGGCGCUAUUUUGCAAUCGUCUACUUCAGCGUCCUUCAUGCUUCAUUUUUCGUGCUGAUGGGCUCGAGAGGCGGUUAUCCCGUCUUGCUUCUUGCCUAUGCAUUCGCUGCGUAUGCUCGUGGAAUCAUCACUGCCCAAUUGAACCUCUACUUUUCUACAUUCUCGCGCCCAUCCCUGGGCUACGCUUAUGCGACAUGGAGUUUUGGUGGAGCCAUUUCACCUCUCAUCUGCCAGACGAUCGUCGCGAAAGGGGUUCCUUGGAAUCACUUCUACUAUGGAUCAUUGGUUUUGUCGGCGUUCAACACCUGCUUUCUGGCCUAUUCAUUCAGGCCUACAUUAAAAGAAUUCGCUGACGAUAGGCAGACUGCGCUGGGCUCCAUCUCUGAUUCGGAAGUAAAGCAGUCGCAGAGUAGCCUGCCUUCCAUUUCAAGGCAGACUUCUGGGAUAGUAUCAGACAAAGCUGCCUCGCCAAAUGCUUUUACUCAGGCAGUCAAGCUUCCUUACCUAUGGGCUGUCUGUGUAUUCUCUUGGUUGUACUGUGGAAGUGAAACCACGACACAAGGAUUUAUCGUGUCGUAUUUAUUGGCUGUACGAUCCGCGGACCGUAACACUGCUGGCUACGUGACUUCCGGCUUCUGGGGAGGCAUCACGGUCGGUCGCCUUCUUUGGGGAAGAUACAAUUACAAGAUUACUUUCACCCGUCGCAAAUACAUCAUUCUGGCAUUAUUGUAUGUACCCCAUCUUGUUGUCACUCAACCAUUUGCUUACACGACUUGGAACCCAGAUCUGCUCAUCUGGUUUGUCAACUCGAACGCCGGGAACGCGUUCUCCGCCAGCAUGAUCGGCGUUGUGUACGGACCCAUGUUCCCCGCUUGCCUCGCCCUCGCCAACGAUCUGCUCCCACAUGAAGUCCACAUGGUGUCCAUGGGCAUAAUAUCCGCGUUUGCUAGCCUUGGCGCAUCUCUGUUCCCGUUCUUCACGGGCACGAUAGCGACGGUCAAGGGAAUGCAGACCCUAUCCUACAUGACCGUGGCCCAGGGCGUCGUACUCAUUGGUAUUUGGUACCUCUUCCCUUCCCUGGCACCCAGGCGUACUUGA